AUCUGUUAAAAACUGAGUAUUGAGCAGAAGAAUUUUUACACACUGUAUUUCAGACAGAAGUGACUGAUAAGGUUUAAAACCUUGCUUCAAAUGAAUGUUGUGUAAAUGGGCAAGACCCAGAAGACUGGUAGGGCAGGGAGAAAAGAGUCAGACUGUGUAGUUGGAGUGUUUCUGGAGCAUGAUAGGGUUUGGCUUUUUUUUUUUUUUUUUUCCCUUCUUGAUUUAACAAGUUGAAAAUCUGCUGAAUAAUUCAUGAAGAGUGGAAGGGCUGAAUCUUCCUGAAAUGAUAUACAGUGUACGUACUGUGGCACAGGAGAAACUGCAAAGCUUUGUAUCAGUUGCUGCCGUUUCUGCUGCCGAUUGCAAGGUGCUGCUGCUUUUGCUGUUUUCACAGCUACAGAAACCUCAGUCGUGCUCUGGUCUGCCAACAGCCAUUUGCCUCCCUAUGGACCCACCUCAACCAGCUACAAUCUGUGGACUCUUGCUGCCUAACUGCCUUGGACACUGCUGGUUUUUGGAUCCUUACUGCAAACGGCAUUUUCUGGACCUUACAGCUUGUAUGACUGAAACCUGCCUUAGAGUCCUUCAGCUGCAUAGCCUCCCGUGUUCUUGGUGAGGACUCCUGCAGCAGAACUUCUGACCCAGACAAGGAUGGGAUUUACAGGGCAAAGUCAAAACUGAGCUGCAUUCAGCGAGAUGCCCAACGCCUCUUCCUGGAGUGCUAGCUCGCCUCUGCUGCUGCUCUGGGAGGACUCCUCCGGGACCCGCAUCUUUCUGUCGCUGCUCUACGCAGUCUUAGCUAUCUCAGGGACUUUAUCCAAUGUGAUGGUCAUCUAUUUAGUCUUCUCCUUCAAGAAGCUGCAGACAACCAGCAAUGCCUUCAUCGUGAACGGCUGUGCGGCAGACCUGAGCGUGUGCGCCCUGUGGAUGCCCCAGGAGGCUGUGCUGGGGCUGCUGCCCCCGAAUUCCUCCUCCCUUCGCUCGGCGGAGUACCGGCUGCUCCGAGGGGGGCUCCUGGGCCUCGGCCUCACCGUCUCCCUGGCCUCGCACCUGCUGGUGGCUUUCAACAGGUACGUGCUCAUCACCAAGCUGCCCAGCGUGUACCAGGCCCUCUACCAGCGGAGACACACGGGCUGCAUGAUCGGGCUCUCCUGGGCCCUCGCCCUGCUCCCGGUCCCGCUGCUGCCCGGGCUCUGGACCCUGGGCUCGGCCCAGUCGGACGGCAGCUCUCGCUACACCGCCCUGCUCCUCGCCCUGGCCGUGCUGGGCCAGACCGCGCUGCUGCUCCACUGCUACCUCGGCAUCGUGCGGCGGGUGCGGGGCAGCGCCAAGCGGGUCAGCGUCCUCAACUUCCACCUGCUGCACCAGCUGCCCUUCCCCGCCGCGCCGCCGCCGCCUCGCCGCGCCCAGCGCCGCCUCAGCAGCGUCUCCGUCCUGCUGCUCUGCUGCGUGUUCCUGCUGGGCACCCAGCCCCUGGUCUGGGUGAGCCUCCUGAGCUUCUUCCUGCGCCCGGCGCCGCCGGCGCUGCAGGCCGCCAGCUGGCUGCUGCUCUGCUCGCUCUCGGCUCUCAACCCGCUGCUCUACACGUGGCGCAGCGAGGAGUUCCGCCGGGCGGCCCGUUCUGUCCUGCCCCGCGGCGAGGGCCCGGCCGCCGCCCCGCGCCCCGCGGCCUCCGCCGCGGGCCCCGCCGGCGCCCCGCCCUGCCCGCAGCUGCCGCGGCGCCGGGGCACGGGGAGCGGCGCCAGCGCCGCGGCCGCGCCGCGCUGAGGGCCCGGGGCGGCGCCGGGACCCCUCAGGCCGCUCCAACAGCCCCGCCGGCGGCCACCGCCCGUCGGGCGGCCGAGCCGUCCCGGCGCCCGUCCCGGUAGCGUUUCUUCCUGUCCUGCUGCUCCUUCGUGACCCCACGCACUUCUUGCCCGCUCCCUCUUCUGCCAUACGGCCCGGCAGCGCCGGGUGCUUUCCCGAGGCACUGUGACGGACACUGGGGCGGGAUCUCCCGCCCGCCCCCUCAGCCCCGCUCCCACACGGCUGCUGUCCGCCCCCGGGAGCCGGCCAGGACUCCAGCCACAGCAGUGCUUUUAGGAAUCUGGGAUAACCGGUAAAUAUGGCAACGCACGUAACUGUUGUUAUGCUCUAAAGAUUUCUGUAUGACAGGCACCUAGACAGCUCUUUCUGAGACAUAUGCAAGUUUGUUUUUAUAAAAUCGAUGUAAUUCUUUCAGCAUUUAAAGUAGAUCUUUGAAGUGAGCUCCCUGAACACAAGGUUCGUUUGUGAAGGACUGGCAGGUGUCUCAUUACACACACACGCAGGCACCGGGAGCUGCUUCCUUUCCCCAGCAUCUCUGUGCUCCAUCCAAGACCCUCCUUCAGCUUUCUCUGGCAAACUUCCGGACGAUGCUGUCUGUGGAAACUGUUAAAAACAAAAACAUAUGCACCUUUGUGGUGAUCUGGUUUGAAAGCUUUUUAAGGCCUGUUUUAACAAAAGUCUCUGCCCAUGGCCACGCGAUAAAAUGCAAUGCAAUAUGAAGGCUGGUAGUGUCCAUCUAACCUUGUCACCUGUUCAGUUACCAGUUUGUUGUAUUUCUCUUAAAUAUAUUAUUGCAGAAGUAUGAUUUCACAGCCUCUUCUAGAUACACGGUAACAGAUUCUGUCUGGCAUUUGGAAAGGAAAUAGCUCCUCGCACUGAAACUGUGGUGGUGAGUGCUGCAGGCCCAUUCCUUCCAGGAAUGGUCUUAAAAUCCUUCUAUUUCCUUCUCUGUUGCUUGACUUCCUCCUUCCUCUUUUCCAACACUGUUGCUGUUGUUCUCAUGGUGAUGAUACUUAGUGCUGUGUUUGCCUUCUGGCACAAACGUCUGCAAGAAGGUAGCUGUUUUCUGAAUCCGUGGGCAUCCACAAGCAGUAUCACCUAAGUUGUGCUGUCUCGAGAAGAAUGGACCCAUGGGAACAUAGGAAACUUUGUCAAACAAGAGUGUGUUUCAUUGGGUGACACAAACUUGGAGCUCUCAUGAGGAUAGUUUAAGAUGGGAUAAUAACAAGGAAAAGACACACAUGAUAGGUAAUAAUAUUAACGGCCCUUUGGCAUUAUUUUAUAAUGCACCACACGCUUGCUUUACCUACUGGAGUUUGAGUUUCCACAGACAAUGCUUUGAGAUAAAGGGAAUAAUUUAAUGUUUUUUCCCAAGACUAAGACCUGUUUGGUAUCUGUGAUAGAAUGAUGUAUCUAAAAGUCCCAUACCAAUAUUUUGUUUUCUGGCAUAAAAAAACCCUCCAUAAUCACAAAAGAGAUACUUGUUAAGGUCAGGAUUUAAAAACACAAAGAAUGAAGGCCUCAAAAGGAAUUUUUUUUUUAAUUGACAUCCAGAAAUUGUAUUAACAUCUUGAAAACAGCUUUAGCCACUUGCAAACACCUGUGGUAAAGUAAAAUAAGUUUUCUUGAGUCUGAAUUGUACAGAAACCUUCUUCCUUCAUACUGGAGACAGUGUUCCUCUGAGUGAUGGCACCAGAAAGAUGUGGAGGACCAGCAAGGAAAUACUGAACAUAUAAGAUAUGCAAGAUUUAUUUUAUUAACACUGUGCACAUAUCUUGGAGAGUGAAGGAGCCACUAUAUCCCUGUUGUAAUAUCUCAUCCUAAUCGCAGUGGCUGUGCUUUAGCUGUCUUUGUGUAGCAAAUGGAGAAGGAAAACUGCUUCAACCUCAUCUGUCCCAAUACUGAAAAAUAUGCUGGUUCACUUCCAAAAUAAAGUUCAACCAAGGGCCACCCAGGGAUAAGACCCUGUUCAACUACAAAAUAAUCCUUAGGUUGGAACCCACAGAAGAAUGCAUUUUGCAUCUCCCACUAUGGCUAAAGGAACUCAAGAAACUUGGUAAAGCUCAUUACUAGGCCCAUAAGCAAAAAAAUCAAACUCUAAAGUAAAAAAUUAGACAAUGCCUCUCCCCUGUUUUUGGCUGUGGAACACGUUAGUCUGAAAUUAAAGCAAUAACAUGUUUCCAAAUUCAAUGUCCAAACCAUCAGAUAACUGGAACUUCUGGGCUUCUUCCCUUGUAAAAUAGCAUGCAAGUUAAAUCUGAAAUGCCUGUAUUUUAUAUAGACUACGUUUAAAAUGCAAACAUGUAUAAAAAUGCUAUGAUGUACAAAACUCUAGAAAGCUAUCCUUAUGCUAUGCAUCAAUUCCAGAAAACAACUGGAAAUCCCUUGGAAAGUUUGAUGUAAUUACAUCUGACUGUAAAUCUUUGACUGUUUUAAUAUACUCAGGUGACCUAAAUAACAUUACGCAGAAAAAAGAAUGAAUUUAAAGUAAUUAAGAAAGAGUAUUUGUCUCAAGAUCAGUUUCUCUGAGAAAUUAAUGCUCUGAAAAGUCCUGUAUGCCUUGUUCUACAGCCAUAAUUUUUGUAUUUCCACAUUGUAAAUACUCCAUGGUAAAUUGCAACGGAAGCUCGGCUUGGCUCAAGUUCUUCUGGCUCUGUGGUGCUGCUUCUUGGUUAAGGAACUGGAUUUCAUUCUCAAUUUUUGUCAUUCUAUGCUUUAAUUUACAGAUGAUUUAUGUGUCCUCUGCUCGUUUAAUGGUGACUUUUCUUCAAUGUGAAUUUCUGUCAUGCUCAAACAACUAAUUUACAGACAUAAGGGAUAUGUUGCCAAUUGUCCUUUAAAAUGUCUCUACCAAACACCCUUUCAAGAGGUGUAAAUGAAGAUGAUAGAAAAUCCUGUCAGCAAUUCAAAUGAGGUUUGCUUGAACUGAGUUGCUCCUUUCCUCUGGUGUUGUGCCAAGCAAGUUGUCUGAGCAUGGCCUGAAGCUGCCCUUCCUGGAUUGACUGGCAGUGACAUGUAUUAGCUGGCUUCAUGUGCUUUAGAUGGGAGGUGAGAGCUCAUUAAAGCGUUGAAUUUAUGAUGCAGUAGUGAUACAGUAGUGCAGAUCAGCCAUGAAGUUCACGUGCAAUAGUUGCCUAUUACUUUGCUACUUUCUGAGGGCUUCUGGAAACAAGAGCAGGUAGGAGUUAGUAACAGACUGCAUGAAUUGUGGUCAGCUGCACUGAUGUGCUUGAAAAGUGCUAUUUGGCAUAUUAUGGCCCGAAUAAAUCUGCCACUCGGUUUGUGAAUUGCCCAUGCAGAAGUACAUGUGGGACCUGCUUUUUGAAAGUAAAAUUGUGAUGCCUCAAAAUAAUGCCCUGAGGCAUGGUUUAUUAGUGAAAAUUGCUUGUAGAGGGUGUUCCUGAAGUUAGAGUUUGGAUUCAAUCUUUUGAAUUCACCCUUAAUUCAAAAUAGUUUUAAAAAGCUGUAGAGCUGCUUUGUGAUAUUAGGUAGCUACAGCAAUAUGAGUCUCUGCCAGAACUGGGCAAUCAUUGUCCUUAAAAUAGGAGUGUAAGAAAGUACAGGCAGCAAGGUGAAGCUGGGGAAUUAUGACAAGGGGAGAUGAAAAAGACAGGACAGGGGUGCUAACAGUUUGAUCCUGAGAAACAGCACAGAGAAAAAUCUGAAAGCCAGAAGAGGCCUGGGAUUAUGAUAAAAUUAACCAUCUCAAAUUCUUUGAUUCUUUUUAUGUGAGGAGAUACAAUUCUAUGUUUUUCUUAAUAAAUAAAAACAUGCACUUGUAUUCUCAAUUUCUUCCUUUAACAAAGCAUUCCAUACACCAGCAAAUUUUCUUUAAACUCUAAAAUCAAAAAGAUAGGAAUUGCAAAAGCAGUCUUAUGGAGACUACAUUCAGUGUUGGACUGACAAGCAGAGAUAACAUCUUAGCUAACCUCCAGAUUCAGUCAGCCAUAAGCACAUUGUGAACCUUUUUUUUUCUAACUACCAAGUUGAUGCUAUUUUUAAAAAAACCCACAUACAGAUUAUUUUCAAAUGAAGACAUUUAAGUGUAGCAUUUCAUUAAAGAAAAAAGUGACAACAUAUACUUUAGCUUUCUAUUUAAUCUUAAAUCACAUAACUAGAUUAUUGCAAUAUUCUUUAAAUUCAGAAGUCCCUUUCUCAAAUGGCAGCGAAAAUAGCUUUUCUCGUGACUGUUUAACUUCUAAGAAAGCUACUUUUUUUUGCUCUUUUAUGUCAAUCCUUCCCAUGCACUGUCAUCAUUUUACCAGGGUAAUAGUCUAUUUUCUUUCCUUCUCUUUCCCUUUCUUCAGUAUCUUCUGUAAUUUUCUUCACUAAGGGAAAAGUUCUUGAUUCUGCUGAUCAGGGCACAACUGCUUCAGCAGGGUAAGUUUUGGGAGACAGUUGUAAACUAAGACUAAAGAAGUGAUAGACAAAUCCCACAUGCUUAAAUUUCUAUUUAGAGUGAGUAGGUAUUGAAGUUGGGCUUUUACUGUGCAGAGCAGUGGACAAAUUCUUUGUCUAUAUGUACAGAUACUUGCAUUUGAGUAAGGUUGUGUAAAAAAAAGGGUAAUAUAAAAAAAUUUCAAAAAUAGUUUGAAGGCUGGAGAAAAAACCUUUUUGGCUCAAGGGUUCAAUCAUAGUAACGUAAAAGUGACAUCAGUACAGAAUAAGCACAUUUAUGCAAGUAUUCAAACCAAUCUGUUGCCAUACAUGGUGAUCUAAAGAUCUCUUCUGGUGUGGAAAACACAACCUUACAGAAAAAGGGCUCUGCUUGAAGAGCGUGGGCCACCUUGCCUGUUUAUUGUCAAGGAGUUUAAUAUGGUCAGGGUCCCUGUGCAGUCUGCCCUACACCGAGUCUGGAUGGACAUUCAUGAAAAUAAAGAAUUGGAAACAAUCUCGAGAAAAAAAAACAUUUGUGGCUGCUUUUUUGCCUGAAGCUUUGGGUUUCUGAAGAGGCAUAAUAAUCACUCCAGGAAGGUUAACUGUUUGGAGUUCAGGGAAAACUGUAGGAUGUCUAACCUGCAACCCCAGACAUCAGGCUUGUCAUCAUUUUAGAGCCAAGCUUUUGGGAGUUGUCCAGAAGGAAAGCAAACUGCCAGUUGGAAGGGGAGCUCAAGCCAAUCAAGGGAGCUGUGUAGCACCUUAGACUUCACCAUGCUGAAUUUAUCCUCUUGUAAGACAAUGGGUUGAAAUAAUGAAUAAUAAAAACGUGCCUCUGCCAAAA